GAUACCAUAUUCAUCUGAUCAAUUCAAUUCACAUUGUGUUUAGUUUGUGCAUUGUUCAUAGAAUUAAGAUGGCUGCUUAUGCAGCUCUGGUAUCUCUCAUGCGUAUCAUAGAUGAUAUCGAAACUCAUCCUUCCCCUCCGAUUUCUCUGGACAACCAACAAGUCGAAUCUCUCACACGAGUAGUUACCUUCUUGCAGGAAUUUCUCGAAGGAUACAAGUCACCCUACGACUACAGCGAUGAAGCAGAUCCAUUGGAGAUACGCAUUAUGGAUGCAAGUCAUACAGCUGAAGAUGUGAUUGAAUCCUACAUAAUUGACACUAUUCAGCUAUCUGCAGCAGCAACAACUGAUGAUGGUGUUGAUGAACAAAUCAAUUGCAUGUACUUCUAUCAAGAUCUGCAAAAUGUGAUAGAAAAAAUGGAUUUGAUCAAAAAAGAUUUGAUUGUGAUAACGAGGGAGAAGGUAGAUCAGCAGAGAAACUUGGGUUCUGAUCAUGCUGGUUUAAGAUCUAGUCCCACCGAGAAGAACCAUCUAAUGAUAGGGUUUGAUGAUGUUCUGCUUGAGCUCUUGGAUAGGCUCGUCAGAGGACGUGGCAGUCGCGAGAUCAUCCCUAUCGUAGGGAUGGGUGGCAUCGGCAAAACCACUCUUGCAAAAGGUGUGUUUGAACACAAGCUUAUUAAGGAGCAUUUUGAUAUCUGUGUGUGGGCCACCAUUUCUCAAGAGUAUAAUUUAAGAGAAACUCUUAGGCAAGUACUCUCUCAAGCUAGAGGGUACUUGAGCAACGAGAGUGAAAAAGACUUGGGGGAAAUACUUUACAAAUAUUUAUCAAGUAGGAGAUAUCUCGUUAUAAUGGAUGACAUGUGGAACAUAGAGGUUUGGGACAAGAUGAAGAUUUUCUUUCCUGAAAACAAUAAUGAAUAA